AUGGUCAGCUCCUGCUGUGGCUCUGUCUGCUCUGAGGAGGGCUGUGGCCAAGGCUGCUGCCAGCCCACCUGCUGCCGCCCCAGCUGCUGUGUGUCCAGCUGCUGCCGCCCCUGUUGUCGCCCCAGCUGCUGUGUGUCCAGCUGCUGCAGACCCCAGUGCUGCCAGUCUGUGUGCUGUCAGCCCAGCUGCUGUCGCCCCAGCUGCUGCCGCCCCAGCUGCUGCAUCUCCAGCUGUUGCCAACCCUCCUGUGGUGGUUCUAGCUGCUGUGGCUCCAGCUGCUGCCGCCCCUGCUGCCGCCCCAGCUGCUGUGUGUCCAGCUGUUGCCAGCCCUGCUGCCGCCCCUGCUGCUGCCUGCGCCCAGUCUGUGGUCAGGUCUGCUGCCACAGCACUUGCUACCGCCCCACCUGUGUGAUCUCCACCUGCCCCCGCCCCAUGUGCUGCGCCACCCCUUGCUGCUGA